AUGAAAAUCGACUUUGGUGGCAUGUUCUUCCACGCGCCUGGCUCCAGCAUCCCUUCUGAAAAGCUCUUGAAAGACAUGUCCAUUCCAGACACCUACUUUGUCCGGCAAUUCCCCUACCACUUCAAAGACAACUUACAAUUUUCCGACGACGACGCAGUGCUCGAGAGUUUGAAGGAGUACAAACGCCUCGGUGGAGGUACUGUUGUUGAAGUUUCUACAGUUGGCUUGCAGCGAGACGUUGAAAGAUGCGCCAAACUCGGGGAAAAGAGUGGCCUAAAUGUCAUCAUGGGAACCGGCUAUUAUGUCAACUCGAUGCAAAAAGAAGCGACGAGGAAGUUCACCGUCGAGAGCAUGCAAACUUUCAUGUCCGACGAGCUCCUGAAUGGAUUCCACGGUUUCGAAGGCAAAUACUACCCUGGCAUCGUUGGCGAAAUGGGCGUUACUGCACCCAUGGCUGAGUGGGAAGUGAAUCAUUUGCGCGCUGCUGGAGGACUUCACGAAGUAGAGGGAAUAAAAAAUGUUCCAAUAACCAUUCAUCCUGGAAGAGCGCCGGAAAGUCCGUUUGAAAUCAUGCGGAUUUUGACAGAAGCAGGGGCUAGGCCAGAACGAGUGAUCAUGGGCCACAUGGAUCGAACGAUUCAUAAUUACGACGAGCUUGUGCGAUUGGCCGAUGAGUGGAAAUGCUUCAUUCAAUACGAUCUUUUCGGAGUGGAGACUUCCCACUACCAAAUGGCGAAUUGUUUCUACCCGAGCGAUGGAGAACGGCUCAACCGACUCAAGCACCUAAUGGACAACGGAUUCGAAGACAAGCUGCUGAUCGGGCACGAUAUUCACACAAAACACCGUUUGGAAAAGUAUGGCGGCCACGGUUACGCGCAUCUUCUUCGAGUUGUCAAGGGCGAUGCUUUGAGCGUCGUGGGCGUGAGCGAGGAGCAGUGGAACAAACUCGGCGUCAUCAAUCCGCAGAAGAUUCUUCAAUUCUAG